AUGGGUGACUGGAGUUUUCUGGGAAGGCUUUUGGAGAAUGCGCAGGAACACUCGACAGUGGUAGGCAAGGUUUGGUUGACUGUGCUCUUCAUCUUCCGAAUCCUAGUGCUGGGGGCUGCGGCUGAGGAAGUCUGGGGAGAUGAGCAAUCUGAUUUCACCUGCAAUACCCAGCAGCCAGGUUGUGAGAACGUCUGCUAUGAUAAGGCAUUUCCCAUUUCUCACAUCCGAUUCUGGGUGCUCCAGAUCAUCUUCGUGUCAACGCCUACCUUGAUAUAUCUGGGCCAUGUACUGCACAUUGUGCGGAUGGAAGAUAAAAGGAAAGAGAGGGAAGAAGAGAUUAGAAAAGCCCAGAAUGAAGCAGACAAAGAACUGCUGCUUAAAAAUGGUAAAAAGGAGAAGCUUCCUUUUAGAGAUGAUCAUGGCAAAAUCCGAAUUCAAGGGGCUUUGCUACGCACCUACGUUUUCAAUAUAAUUUUCAAAGCGAUGUUUGAAAUUGGAUUUAUUGUAGGUCAGUAUAUCUUAUAUGGCUUUAAGCUUAGCCCACUGUAUCGGUGCAAUAGAUGGCCAUGCCCCAACACCGUGGACUGCUUCAUAUCACGGCCAACAGAGAAGACUAUCUUCAUCCUAUUUAUGCUUGUGGUGGCUUGCGUGUCCCUUUUCUUGAACCUAAUGGAAAUCUAUCACCUCGGAUGGAAGAAGCUGCGACAGGGUGUAACCAACCGACAGCCCCCGGAACUGGAGCAGAAACCGGAGCCCCUGACGCCAGUCACAAGGACUGCCCCGAGCACCUUCAGCUAUCCAUACUUCCCGGACACAGCCGAGGGACCCCAUCCCUACCCCGGAGGCCCGCCGAAUGAGUUCAAAAUGGCGGCGUUGCCCGAGGAUAGGUCGCCGUACAUAGCAUACAACAACAAAUUGGCUGCCGAGCAGAACUGGGCCAACAUGGCCGCCGAGCAAAACCGCCAGCUCAGCGCCAGCAACGACAAUGGUAACGGGAGUCAGGAGCAUGCGCUCCUCGUGCAAGCCAAUCAGGAGAGCGCGUCUGCAGGCGGGGUUCCGCGCGGCAACGGUCACCUGACCACAAUGGCCGAGAUGCACGAGGCUCCCGUUAGUGACACACGACCGUUGAGCCGGGCCAGCAGAGCAAGCAGCGGCCGAGCAAGAUCGGACGAUCUGGCGGUUUAG